GCUUGGGAAGCGAUGCCCGCGCCCUCGCCCUCAGCCUCGCCAUGCUCCGUCCGGGCAUACGGCGGCUGCGGGGCCUCAGGCUGCUGGGCUUCCCGCUGAGGGGCUUCCCCGGCCACCCGCGCUCAGUCUGCAGCCGCCAAGGAGAGGAAAACCCACCCUUAUCUGCAGAAUCAAGAUGGAAAGACAGAGCAGAAACAGUGAUCAUUGGAGGUGGCUGUGUUGGUGUGAGUCUGGCUUAUCAUUUGGCCAAAGCAGGCAUGAAAGAUGUGGUCCUUCUGGAGAAAUCAGAGCUCACAGCUGGAUCCACCUGGCACGCAGCAGGUUUAACAACUUACUUUCAUCCUGGAAUAAACUUAAAGAAAAUACAUUACUAUAGCAUCAAACUUUAUGAGAAACUGGAAGAAGAAACUGGACAGGUGGUGGGAUUCCAUCAGCCAGGUAGUAUCAGAAUUGCUACCACUCCUGUAAGGGUAGAUGAAUUUAAAUAUCAAAUGACUCGGACUGGCUGGCAUGCAACAGAGCAGUAUAUUAUUGAACCUGAAAAAAUUCAAGAAAUGUUUCCUUUACUCAACAUGAAUAAGAUUUUAGCUGGACUGUAUAAUCCUGGAGAUGGUCACAUUGAUCCUUACUCUCUAACUAUGGCCCUGGCGGCUGGGGCUAGGAAAUAUGGUGCCCUUUUAAAAUAUCCUGCCCCAGUGACUUCUUUGAAACCAAGGUCAGAUGGAACAUGGGAUGUUGAAACACCGCAUGGAUCUAUGAGAGCAAAUAGAAUUGUGAAUGCUGCAGGAUUUUGGGCUCGUGAAGUAGGAAAGAUGAUCGGACUAGAACAUCCUCUCAUUCCGGUUCAGCAUCAAUAUAUUAUCACAUCGACCAUCCCUGAAGUGAAAGCUUUAAAGCGAGAACUCCCGGUGCUCCGCGACCUGGAAGGAUCGUUUUACCUCCGACAGGAAAGGGAUGGGCUUUUGUUUGGUCCAUAUGAAAGUCAGGAGAAAAUGAAAGUUCAGGACUCAUGGGUCACCAGUGGAGUCCCCCCAGGUUUUGGAAAGGAGCUCUUUGAGUCUGAUCUAGACCGAAUCAUGGAACACGUUGAAGCUGCCAUGGACUUGGUUCCAGUCUUGAAAAAGGCUGACAUCAUCAGGAUUGUCAACGGGCCCAUCACCUAUUCUCCUGACAUUCUGCCUAUGGUGGGGCCCCAUCAGGGGGUCCGAAACUACUGGGUGGCUGUAGGUUUCGGAUACGGCAUAAUCCAUGCUGGUGGGGUUGGGAAAUAUCUCAGCGACUGGAUCCUGCACGGAGAACCACCUUUUGAUCUGAUAGAACUGGAUCCCAAUCGCUAUGGCAAGUGGACGACAACUGAGUACACCGAGGCCAAAGCAAGGGAGUCUUACGGAUUCAACAAUAUCGUUGGUUAUCCUAAAGAAGAACGAUUUGCUGGGAGGCCAACUCAGCGAGUCAGUGGGCUUUAUAAAACCCUGGAGUCUAAGUGUUCCAUGGGGUUCCAUGCAGGCUGGGAGCAGCCACACUGGUUCUACAAACCAGGCCAGGACGCUGGGUACAGGCCAAGUUUUCACCGCACAAACUGGUUUGAGCCUGUGGGCUCUGAGUAUCAACAGGUUAUGCAAAGAGUAGGGGUGAUUGACCUGUCACCGUUUGGCAAGUUUAACAUCAAAGGCAAAGACUCCAUUAGAUUGUUGGACCAUGUCUUUGCAAAUGUUAUUCCCAAGGUGGGUUUUACAAAUAUAAGUCACAUGUUAACACCAAAAGGUCGAGUAUAUGCUGAGCUGACUGUCUCUCACCAGUCUCCUGGGGAGUUUCUAUUAGUAACUGGUUCUGGGUCAGAACUUCAUGAUCUUAGAUGGAUUGAGGAAGAGGCAAUCAAAGGUGGAUGUGAUGUUGAAAUUAAAAACAUAACUGAUGAGCUUGGAGUCCUUGGCGUCACAGGACCAUAUUCAAGAAAGGUGCUACAGAAACUGACCUCUGAAGAUCUUAGUGAUAAUGUUUUCAAGUUUCUUCAAACCAAGUCUUUAAAGGUUUCCAACAUUCCUGUCACUGCUAUCAGGAUAUCUUAUACUGGUGAGCUGGGUUGGGAGCUGUACCACAGACAAGAAGAUUCUGCAGCGCUUUACGAUGCUAUCAUGAAUGCAGGCCAGGAGGAGGGAAUUGACAAUUUUGGAACCUACGCCAUGAAUGCCUUAAGACUGGAGAAAGCUUUCAGAGCCUGGGGGUUAGAGAUGAACUGUGAUACUAAUCCCUUGGAAGCUGGACUGGAAUCUUUUGUGAAACUAAAUAAGCCAGCAGACUUCAUAGGAAAGCAGGCACUGAAACAGAUUAAAGCCAAGGGGCUGAAACGGAGACUGGUCUGCCUCACCUUGGCAACAGACGACGUCGAUCCGGAGGGAAAUGAAAGCAUCUGGUAUGAUGGCAAGGUGGUUGGCAACACGACCUCCGGGAGCUAUAGUUACCACAUCCAGAAGAGUCUGGCUUUCGCGUAUGUUCCUGUAGAGCUCAGUAAAGUGGGACAACAAGUUGAAGUUGAACUAUUGGGCAAAAAUUACCCUGCAGUUGUCAUACAAGAACCCUUGGUACUAACAGAACCAACCAGAAGCCGGCUUCAAAAAAAAGGUGGAAAGGACAAAAUUUGAAAAGACUUUGAAGAGGCAAAUGUAUUAUGGUUGCAAUAUACUUGUACUCAGAAUUAUAACUGAUUGGCUAGGGAAUGGGAAAACCAAAGAUUUAUUUCAAAAUCAUCAAAAUCUAGAUUAAGAAUUCUAAAACCUUUCUCUUGUUUUCUAAGGAAGAUAGAAUGAUGGAUGAAUGAUUUACAUUGUUUCAAAUAAAGAUACUUGAAAUCAAUGUUUUUGUUAUCCUAUAUUGUUGUUUAUGAAACUCCAUUAGCAAAACAUUUAAGUGAUUGCUAAUAUAGAAAACAUUAUAUAAUUUUAGAAACAUUUGCAUAUGGUUCUUGUUAGCUGAAAACAAAUUACACUUUACAUAAAAACAAAUGCAGUGUUGAUGGAUUUACUUCAUUGAGAAAUACUCAUUGAAUAAGGUAUCAUUUUAAUUUUUCAUAACAUGCCUAGGAAGAAAACAGUAAAAUUUAAUAUUGGUAUGUGUAACAUUUUUAUUCAGUUCCUUGAGAUAUUUACUUUCUUAAUGACUUCCCAGAAGGCAGUUUUAUGGGACAUCAUUACUGUCCUUUCAAAGGUUGUUUUAGAAGAGAAAUUGCAAAAAAGAACAGAGUCUUCCAAAGGAAGUGGUACUUGUAAACCUUCUGAAAUGAAGCUGAAAAAUAAAUAGAUUGUGCCAGGACAAACACAGCCUGAAUACUGAACACCUCUCUUUGGGAAAGAAUUAAUGCGGGUUGACAUUUCAUUGUGCUGUUCUGGAUACCAUUUCACAAACUGUUGGCAAAGCAGGUCAAAUAAGAGCUUAAGAGCUGACAGGAUUGCCCUUACCACUGUGUACAGCAAGAAAAAAAAAGCCAUUUAGAAAUAACUCUUUGAUACACCUCUUGAAAUUAUUUGCAUUUAGUUGAAUAAAUAGAACAUUUCA